UGCCAAUGUAAUCAGUCAAUAGUGAAAGUAUUUCCUUUACUGUCUUGGUCAACAUAAUAUAGUCUUUGUAUAUAUCUCUCAUAUACCAAAUUAGUGAAUUGAAAGUCUUUGUAUAUAUCUCUCAUAUACCAAAAAUGUUUGGACUUUCAAAUUUCAGUUACUCUGCUACCAUUAAGUCAGGGACUUCCACCUCUCCUUUCUUAAUCUCGUCCCAAAGGUACUGUAACCGGCUCACAUACUUGAUCUUUCAGUACAAUCUGACGAAAGGAAGGUAAAAAAAUUAAAGAAAACCAAACCGGCUAAAAACCUCAUAUAACCGGAAAAAAUAAACCAUGAUUAGGAACUUUUCCGGUUCGGCUUUAAAAACAUUGAAACAGACAAAAGAUCUUUCCGCUUGAACUUACUUCCGCUUCUGUCGGAAAAACUCUCUCUCCCACAUUAACUCGAUUUCCGACAAGGUAGUUUUGUCAGGUCUAGAGGGUGGAAAGAUGGCGGCUUCGCGGUUACAGAUGGAAGGAGACGAUGAAUGUGGAAGAAAUGUGGGACGUCUGUUAAUGCUAUGGCUUUAGAGCUCUAUGAUGAAAGUGGCUCCAAGUUUGCAGCUCUUAGUGAUGAUUCAAGACCUCUCGGUUUCUACUCCCCCUUUGAUGGGUUUUGGUUGCAUAUAGUGGAUCUUGAUCCCUCCUCGGUCACAACUGGAGGCUGGCUUGAAGAUACGUCAUUGGUUGAGAAGUAUAACAUCUCAGAAGAGGACUAUGCUAAACGAACUGACAGUUUUAGGAAGUUCAAAGAAAAAAGAGUGUCUCAAAAUCCAGCUGCUUCUGAGGUUAAGGUAACUGUAACACGAUGGCAUGUAUGUUAACUCUUUCCUAUUUUAUAGUCAUCAUUAAGUUUAAACUCCUUCACACUUUUAAAGUAGAAGAAGUGUUUUCUUGCUCUCGAACUUUGGUUCCACUUGCAGCUCAUGUGUUUCUGUGCUAGUAAAACCUCUUUGAGGUUCUUAGUCUUGCAUAAGCUCAACAUCAUGAUUUUCUUAUCAAACGUACAAUAUGCCUUAGCUCGGUUGUUAGAUCCACGUGCUUAAUACUGGCUUAUAUAUGCAGGGUGAAAGGGACAAGAUUAUUUGAGUGCCCUCCGUUUCAUGAUGGUGUGGUCCGGCCAGACAAAUUAAGUUAAGGUAAUUUAUUUUUCUCUGUAGCAUUAGAGUGAAAUGGCCUGUUGCACUUCAUAGAAUCGAACUCGAUUAGUCGUUUCUUGACAUGAUCCGAUGUCAAUGCAAAUUUCCCUUUCCACGAUGUUAGUUUAGUAAGAGUCUGGAGGAGUCCACAUUGGUCAGCUAUAAGAGUAGUUGAUUAUAGGCCUAAGGAUAUGUAUUACUCUCAAGCUAAGUUUUAGUUGAAUUCUACUAUAUUUGGCUCUAGGGCCGGUGGACUAGGUUCUUUACCACAUUCACGGUAAAGUAGUUAGUUGGAUGCAUAGAUUGAAGUUGUAAGCCACAGUUUCUGAUACUCAUGAGUUUUAUGUGACUUGCAGUUUGGUGAUUAUCCUGAAAGAGACCCUUUCGAGGAAGAUGAAAUAUAAGAUUCAAACCAGCUAAAGGAAUUUGAAAGAUUUGCUUUUGUUUUCUCCAUCCUCUUUAUGUUAACUAUUACUACACCUUGCUUGGUUAGAACACAAUGCAACAACACUUAAGUAAUUAAUUUUUGAUGAAGAACAAUAAACUAAUAAACAAGUUAUGAUAUACAUAAAUUAUUCAACAGCUUUGCAUCUAUAUCACCAAGGACAAAGAAAUAAACCAUAACAUCCAGAAACUUGCAUAACAACAGUUUAAUGUUUAAGCUAAGACGUCUGAUCUAUAUAACAUCCAGAAAUUCAAAUAAACAAUGCACACAAAACAUUUCAUUCUUGCCAUUACAUUAAUAGAUUAGCUUUUUUCACUUAGUAAGCUACUAAGCUAUAUAAAAAAAACAUAAUCCAGUGUUCUAAUGUGGAUCCGGCUGAUUUUUAUAAAUGCAUUGAUGCAGAUUUAAAAUUUUAAAUAAAUUAUAGAUCGUAAAUUUUAAAAUAAAUCAAUAAUUAAAAUCUAAUAAACUUGACUUCAUCUUGUACAACUAAUAACACUCUUUGGAGCCAGAUUAAUUGGCCAUGAUAGAAAAUAAUAAGUAGAUACACCAAACAUGGUUUUGUUACAAUACCUAUCAUCUAUACCUCUAGUGAAAUCAAGAUUAGAUGGAUCCGUUAAUCUUUAUUUAACUGUUUUUGUAGUAACAACCAUUUGCACCAUUAACUCAGUAAAAGACAGAAAAAUGUAGAUAGGUGAACAACAUACAUUAUUCAUAGUGAUCACAUCGAACUCGAUGAUGACCAUAACAACAAAUUAAACCAUCUUACAAAAGCCAACCAAUUACAUAUAAUUGAAACGCCACGUACAAGACCCCCAUUUAUUGAUUAUUAUUUUGAAACCUGUUUAAUAA